AUGCCUCGCAGGUACUUGGUGACCGUCCGGAUCCGGCGCUCGCGUGGCCCGCCCCUGGUCAGGAGGUACGUGGUGCACAUUGUCCGACCCGCCGACGAGCGGACCGGCGAGUGGCCGCCCGGGGCCCUGCGGAGAAGGCAGCGGCAGCCGUCCCCGCCGCAGCAGCAGCAUCCUCGAAGACCAGGUGCCGACCUGCUGAGCCGCGCGGCGGCGCAGGGCCAGGCGCGGGAGGUGCGGGCGCUGCUGGCCUCGGGGGUGCGGCCCAACGGGCGCAACCGCUUCGGGCGCACAGCGCUCCAGACCAUGAUGAUGGGCAGCGUGAAGGUGGCGCAGCUGCUGCUUCGCCACGGCGCGGACCCCAACUGCGUGGACCCAACCACGCUGACCAGGCCGGUGCACGACGCGGCCCGGGAGGGCUUCCUGGACACCCUCAAGAUGCUGCAUCAGGCAGGGGCGCACCUGGAAGUGCAGGACCUCUGGGGCCGCCUUCCCGUGGACCUGGCUAAGGAGCAGGGUCACCAUCACAUUGUCCAGUAUCUGCAGGCAGCUGCCGCCACUGAUGACCCCGCAGAUGGCUUACAACCCCAACUUCAAGAGCGCAUGCCAGCCUGUCACCACGAAGGCUGAAUCAAACUGCUGACUCCUCCUACCCUUCCUUCACUUUCCAGAUUGAUUUAGUUUUCGAUAAUCAAUUCCCCCCUUUCCUGUACCCCAUUUCCCUCCCCUCCCCUGCAAAAGCUUUGUAAUAAAUUCACCAUGUGUCUCUUCA